UGUGAGCUCAGGUAUGAGGUGUGUAUGUGUGUGUGGGAUCGUGGUGUCGGAGCUACGCACAAAGUGUACCUUGAAAAUUAAUGGCGGAUGUGAAACAUCAAAAUACAAUAGUUGUGCACUGUCGAUGGAUUUAACCUGGUCACUCGAGGCAGAUAUGUCCAUGUUUCGUCAACAACACGACGAAAAAUAAAACGAAGUACCACAAAACCUCGCUUUCUUUGUUAUGUUGCGUACUCGGAAGUUGUGGUAUUUGUGAUGCUGACUUGAAAACUUGAGUCCGAAAACCAUUUAGGUCGAACUGAAGACCUCCAACUUCUUUAUUUGACCUCUGAAAGAUACACGAGUUAUUUCUCAACUCAAGUCCUGUUUCGAGGGUUAGCGAAUUACUGGGAAACUACUGACCGGUCAACCAGUUUCGGCUGAGAGGCGCAUCAAACCGGGUUUCGGUAACCGGAGCUAUUUGUACAACACAGCCCGGGAUGGAGCACUGGAACUUCUUUUGCUGACUUCUGAGGGGCAUACAGUACGUUCACGGAACUCACAGAUCAUAAGAUGCCGGGAGGUGGGAGGAAUCCUGGAAGAGAUGAGGAGCCGCAGAGCAAGACGAGGAGCGAAAGUGGCACUCGCCGUGAUAUGGACAGACAGAGGGAGAGGUACCGGCACGCCGGAGACCAGAGACACCCGCAGUACUGGGAUGACAGGGAUCCUAGCUACCUGGAAAAGAGAGACCGGGAUUAUCCUGACAGACGGGAGGACAGGAAUCCCCGCAGCUCCGGAGGGCCGCAACUUCAAAGGGACCAGCCUCCUUCCUACAGGGAAGAAAGGUCACAUCAGGGACCCUCAGUGCCUCCAGAUGAAAUGAGUUAUGAUGAAUCAGUGCCAUCCAGUGGGCUUCGUGGCUGCUACAACUUCAAAUAUAUUCCUACCUCUAGAGGCCUGUGCCAGAUAAUGGAGAUCUUCCUCAACAUGCUGAUAGUCAUCUGCGCUGGGGUGUCCUACAACACCGCGGGGGGCUACAACGACCUGGCCAGCCUCGGGGGUCUUUACGCCUACUAUUACGGCGGGGCCAACGCUUUCACGGGCGCCGAAGCCACGCGGGUGAAGGAGCUGGACGUGCUGUUCUACCAGCUCAAGGUGCCGGCCUACGCGGCCACCAUGGCGUUGGGGGGCGCCCUGAUGGGGUACGCCUGCUUGAUGCUGCUCCUGGGCGUCCUGCGCGUCCCCUACCGCUGGCCCCUCGUCCUCGUGGCGGAGGGCAUCCUGGACGCCCUCAUCGGGCUGGGCUACCUCCCCGCCCUCGCCUUCUAUUUCCUCAAGCUGCAGGACAACUACAGCUCGGCCAUCUGCCAGGAGAGGGAGGAGCUGUACAGAAGCAAAGGGCACAUGGGGUUUGGGUGCAAGCUGCACGGGGCGGACAUAGCCGGGGGGCUGUUCGGCGCGCUGGGGGUCCUGGCUUUCCCCUUCAGCGCAUUCCUGGCCCUGCGGGCUUUCAAGAGGGUGCGGGAAAUUAAGAAACAGCCACCUCGGGACUUUUAUGACUUUUAGAGGAAUAGUUUUCGUCGAGGGGGGUUUUUUUUUUUGGGAAGCAUCCAAAAAGACCCGGAAAAGGCUACUGCUAACAAACCGAUCUCUGAAGAGAAAAACGCUGCUCUCUAACUCCUUAUCUUAUACUCCCAGGCAGCUUUUCAAAAUCAUGGUCGUCAAAUUAGUUCUGUGAUAAUUACCAGUGUUCAUGGUGACCUUUAAGUACAGUCUUGGCUCAAAAUACAAUCAGGUUCAACUUCUGGUUUAUACUUACAGAACAAACUUAAAACUAAUGUUGUGGCUAAGGUUUACUACUGUUUUUUUUUGUUUUAAGUGUUUGGAACACAUUCCUAAGUAUUAGCAACAGAUUUUUUUAUUAGUGUUGAAGAUGAGCAUUUUUUUAUUGAGAUUGGUAGUUACUGUUUUUUUCAAACAAGCUCUAAUGCAAGCAUUUGUAAACUCAAAUUCAUCGCUUAGUAGCAGCAUUUUUUGAGCUUUUAGUUGUUAGAUAAGGGAUGCACUGUGUCAGGGUAUAUUCUUACAAUAGGGGACUCUGAGUCUGGUGUCUGGGGAGUCUGAUGUGUAGAACAGUUUUUCAAAAGGUAUUGAACCUUGAGGAAUUUUCAGUUCUGAUCUUAAUGAUGCUUUUAGUGCUUUUUAAAGAAUUAAAUGUCUUGCAUUUGUAAAUGAGGCUUUUAAUAUUUUCCUAAUACUCGCUCUUUCUCACAAAAUCACAUUAAGCUCACGUUUCUAUACUUGGAAUGUGUUGUAGUGUUUCUUUCUGGUGGCUGAUGAAGAGUUCUUACAGUAAAAUGUACCGUUUAACGACAAGCGAUUUAACUUGGAACAAGACAUACAAUGCAGAAUUAAAAGCAUUUGUAGAGAGCCUAACAGCAUGUUUCAACAGAAAA